AUUGGUCGCUUUUCAGCCUCGCAGGGAAAUGAGUGCGGGUGCGCUGCGGAGCGAUUAAUGCGCGCUUGCCUUGGAGAGCAAGACUUCUCCAGGUUAAAAUCGCUUGACUUGCAGAUGUGUUUGUCAAUAGCAAGGUUUUUAGCAUUAACAACAGGAUUAAGACAUUAAGUUGUAAGGCGGCUGUUCCCAGCUCAGGUGAAGCAGGAUAACGGUGGAUGCGCGUAUUUCGCCCUCUAUAGCGCAGACUCCUCAGCAUCAGCACCAUCAUGGGGAACAGGGGCAUGGAGGAUCUCAUCCCGCUGGUGAACCGGCUGCAGGACGCCUUCAGCUCCAUCGGACAGAGCUGUAACCUGGACCUGCCGCAGAUCGCAGUGGUGGGCGGACAGAGCGCCGGUAAAAGCUCCGUGCUCGAGAACUUUGUGGGCAAGGAUUUUCUGCCUCGUGGGUCUGGCAUUGUCACCCGGAGACCUCUUGUUUUGCAGCUGAUUAGUGCUAACACAGAAUGGGCUGAGUUUCUGCACUGCAAAGGGAAGAAGUUCACUGAUUUUGAUGAAGUCCGUCAGGAGAUUGAGGCCGAGACAGAUCGUAUCACUGGGGCAAAUAAGGGCAUUUCUCCCGUUCCCAUCAAUUUAAGGGUGUUUUCCCCUCAUGUGUUGAAUCUGACGCUCAUCGACCUGCCCGGCAUCACUAAAGUGCCAGUGGGUGAUCAGCCAGCCGACAUUGAACAGCAGAUACGUGAAAUGAUCAUGCAGUUCAUCUGUCGAGAGAGCUGUCUCAUCCUGGCUGUAACUCCUGCCAAUACAGACCUGGCAAACUCUGAUGCUCUUAAACUGGCCAAAGACGUGGAUCCACAGGGCCUGAGGACAAUUGGUGUGAUCACUAAACUUGAUCUCAUGGAUGAAGGUACAGAUGCUCGAGAGGUUUUAGACAACAAACUUCUUCCACUCCGGAGAGGAUAUAUUGGGGUGGUGAACCGCAGUCAAAAGGACAUAGACGGGAAGAAGGACAUUAAAGCCGCUCUGGAAGCCGAAAGGAAAUUUUUUUUCUCUCAUCCGGCCUACAGACACAUGGCUGACAGGAUGGGCACCCCGCAUCUGCAGAAAGCCCUCAAUCAGCAACUGACCAAUCACAUCCGGGAUACUCUACCAGCAUUCCGCAGUAAACUCCAAUCACAACUGCUUUCCCUGGACAAAGAGGCUGAGGAAUAUCGGCACUACCGACCCGAUGAUCCCUCACGCAAGACCAAAGCUUUGCUUCAGAUGGUCCAGCAGUUUUCUGUGGAUUUUGAGAAGCGUAUCGAAGGUUCCGGUGAUCAAGUAGACACUAUUGAGCUGUCUGGUGGAGCCAAGAUCAACCGCAUAUUUCAUGAGCGUUUUCCCUUUGAGCUGGUCAAGAUGGAGUGUGAUGAGAAAGAAAUGCGUCGUGAAAUCAGCUAUGCCAUCAAGAACAUCCAUGGUAUCAGGACAGGUUUAUUUACUCCAGACAUGGCCUUUGAGGCGAUAGUGAAGAAACAGGUUGUAAAGUUGAAGGAGCCAUGUAUUAAAUGUAUUGACCUGGUGGUUCAAGAGCUGAUCAACACCGUCCGUCAGUGCUCUAAUAAGCUGGAUUCUUUCCCACAACUGCGAGAGGAAACAGAGCGAAUUGUUACUUCUCACAUCCGUGACAGAGAGAGCCGUGCCAAAGAUCAGGUUUUGCUGCUUAUUGAUGUUCAGCUCGCGUACAUCAACACCAAUCAUGAGGACUUCAUUGGCUUUGCAAAUGCUCAGCAGCGAAGCAGCCAGGCAAACAAGAACACUUCUGCUGGUAACCAGGUGAUUCGAAAGGGCUGGUUAACCAUCAACAACAUCAGUAUCAUGAAAGGUGGAGCAAAGGAGUACUGGUUUGUGCUGAGCGCUGAGAGCUUGUCCUGGUUCAAAGAUGAUGAGGAGAAAGAGAAGAAGUACAUGUUGCCGUUGGACAACCUAAAAGUGAGAGAUGUGGAGAAAAGCUUUAUGUCCAGCAAACACAUGUUUGCCAUUUUCAACACAGAGCAGCGAAAUGUUUUUAAGGACAAUCGUUUUUUGGAGCUGGCGUGUGACAGUCUGGAGGAGGUGGAGAGCUGGAGAGCAUCACUCUUACGUGCAGGCGUCUAUCCAGAAAGGGCCGCUGUGGAGAGUGAAAGUUCAGGUCCAUCUGAGAACUUCUCAAUGGAUCCUCAGCUGGAGAGAAAAGUGGAGACCAUCCGUAACCUGGUGGACUCCUACAUGGCCAUUGUCAGCAAAUGCAUCCGUGACCUCAUGCCCAAAACCAUUAUGCACCUCAUGAUUAAUAAUGUGAAGGACUUCAUUAACGCAGAGCUUCUGGCUCAGUUGUAUUCGGCUGGAGAUCAGAACGCUCUGAUGGAUGAAUCUCAGGAGCAGGUCCAGCGCAGAGAAGAAGUGUUACGUACGCAUCACGCCCUGAAGGAAGCUCUGGCUAUCAUUGGAGAUAUCUCCACCACUACCAUCUCCACUCCACUUCCACCUCCUGUAGAUAGCUCGUGGCUUCAGGCUGGACAGGGUGGAUCUCGCAGAUCUCCUCCACCCAGUCCCACUGCCCCUCGAAGGAUGUCUGCAGGCCAAAGGCCGGCCGGAAGAGGAGCUCCUCCACCUCCAUCUCGUCCUGGACCGUUAGGACCCUUAAAUAACACCGCUGACAGUCCACAGAUACCCAAUCGACCCAACAGGGCGCCUCCUAACAUACCCAGCCGUCGACCUCCACCUUCUCCAACCAGACAAGUCCCUCCCUAAACUCUUCUCUAAUAAACUAAACAUCUGUCCUGUACCAAAGUUCAAAGUUAAGCUCCUGCAUGUCCUCACCUGUCCUACUCAUAUCUUCUGUAUUUGUUAGAUGAUGUAUUCUUACUUUAUUGUGUUGUGUGUUUGUUUUGUGUUGCUUUUGUCUGUGUCACAGUCUGCAGGCCGUGCUGAUGUUGUGCUUUGUGUGGCAGUACUGCAGUGAUGCAUGUGUUUACUGAGUCUUUAUACUUGUGUGUCCACAUGAUACUAUAGUGCUGUGUGUGUGUGUGUGUGUGUGUGUGUGUGUGUGUGUGUGUGUGUGUGUGUGUGUGUGUGUGUGUGUGUGUGUGUGUGUGUG